UACGAGCUUCAAAUAUUCUUUAUUGCUUGUGUCACUCAUUGUGGGACGGAGGGAGUAUAAAAGAAAUUUUAUCUUUUAGAUUCUUCCGUCCCAAUAUAUAAACCGGUCAACAAAAAAGUUAAUGUAUUUGGUCAAAAUUUUACAUCAAAUAUACCAACUUUUGUUGACAAAUUUUUAUUUAUAUCUUUUGCAUGAAAAAACAUUUAAGUUACCAAAAAUAGCAAAACUACCUUGGUCUCUCAUUUGACAAAUGUAGAAAAAUCCAUUCUCAAAAUUCAAAAUCAAUCCUCGUCAUGUACAACCGUUUGGAACUGAGUGUGUAACUUAUCCUACUCAACUCAACCGCUUAUCUCUUCCUUCAACUCCAAACCAACACCAAACACAUAAACUUCCUUCACUCAUUCCUCCAAUUUUCCAACAAUGUCAUCACCAAUUGCCACUCCUUCUCCACCACCAACCACCACAUCUCCACCUUACGACCGUCUCAAAGCAGUAAAACAAUUUGACGAAACAAAAGCCGGCGUUAAAGGCCUAAUAGACUCCGGUGUCAAAACCAUCCCUUCUAUCUUCAUUCAUCCACCCGAAACGUUAUCCGAUCUCGCUCCAGGUUCUGGACCCGAACUAGAAGAAAUCCCCACAAUUGACCUCUCUGCUGUUCACUCCUCCCGCGCUGCUGUCGUUGAUCAGAUUCGUCAUGCGGCGAGUACUGUUGGAUUCUUUCAGGUGAUUAACCAUGGUGUAUCUCUGGAAUUGAUGCAAAGUGUUAUUGGUGCUAUCAAAGCGUUUCAUGAACAGCCUGUGGAGGUUAGAGCGCAGGUGUACCGUAGGGAGAUGGGGACCGGUGUAUCUUAUAUAUCAAAUGUUGAUCUUUUCACUUCUAAAGCUGCCAGCUGGCGUGACACACUUCAGCUUAAGAUGGGACCGGUCCCAGCAGAUGAGAAGGAGAUUCCGGAGGUGUGCAGGAAGGAGGUGAUGGAGUGGGAUAGAGAAGUGGUUCGCGUGGGAGAUAUUUUGCUGGGUUUGUUGAGUGAAGGGUUGGGAUUAGGCGCAGAAAGGCUCCCGGAAUUGGGCUUGUCGCAAGGGAGGGUGAUGGUUGGCCACUAUUACCCGUUUUGCCCUCAGCCUAAUCUUACUGUUGGACUCAAUUCCCAUGCAGAUCCGGGGGCAUUGACUGUAUUGUUGCAGGAUCAUAUUGGUGGCUUACAGGUUAGGUCCAAACAUGGUUGGAUUGAUGUCAAGCCUGUUGAUGGAGCUUUGGUUAUCAACAUUGGAGAUUUACUUCAGAUGGUUUCUAAUGAGGAGUAUAAGAGUGCUGAUCAUCGGGUGUUAGCCAAUCCUUCUAACGAGCCACGAGUCUCAAUUGCCGUUUUCCUCAACCCGGGUAACAGAGAGAAGCUCUUCGGACCUUUACCGGAGCUAACAUCAGCAGAGAAACCUGCUCUUUAUAGAGAUUUCACACUCAACGAAUUUAUGACAAGGUACUUCAAGAAAGAGUUUAAUGCUAAAUCAUUGACAAAUUUCUUCAGAAAAUGAUAUAUCAGUGUAAAAGCAUCUUUGUAAAAUGGUCAAUGUACUGCUAUUAAUUACUUAUUAUGCAGAUACAUUGUUGAAUGAAGGUGUUGUAUAUGUAUGUUAUAGAAGCUCACUUGUUCUUCCAUAAGUUUACGAUAUUCUUAUCAAAGCAA